ACCUUCACAGUUCACACACAUCACACUCACUUUUCAUUUUCACUGUCCUCUCAACAUUUUCAGAACCAGAAUCCCAACGAAAUACAAAGUCUCUCGAAAAUAUUUCUCCAAUUUCUCUUUAUCUUUCCUUUUCCCUCAAAAUUUCCCCUCCAAAUUCAUCACUCUCUUCUUCUUCUUCUUCUUCCAAUGGUGUCUUCUCCUUUGCUUGUUACCUUCACUCUCUUCUUCAGUCUCCCUUUUUUCUUCUACUUCGCUCCACAAACCUUCCAUCUUCCCCACUUCGCGUUCACCGUUUCCGACGACCUCGACGAUCUCGUCCUCUUCACCAGAGCCACCCGCGCCGCCGCCCAUUCCGCUUCCACCACCUCUCGCUUAGGCACCACGAAUCCUAAACCUAAAAUUGCUUUCCUCUUCCUCACCAACUCCAAUCUCUCUUUCGCGCCCCUCUGGGAAAAAUUCUUCCAUGGAAAUCGUAAUCUCUUCAACAUCUACAUCCAUUCAGACCCGUCCGUUUACAUCGCUCCUCCCGGCGGCGUUUUCCGCGAUCGAUUUAUCCCAUCGAAGAAGACUUUCCGCGCGUCGCCGUCCCUUAUCGCCGCCGCACGCCGCCUCCUGGCCGCCGCGCUUAUUGACGACCCGAUGAACCGGUACUUCGCUCUCGUGUCCCAGCAUUGCAUCCCGCUCCACUCUUUCCGUUUUAUGUAUCGCUCGCUCUUCGGCAACGAACUAACGAUUCUCUCGAGUUUUACAUUUUUUCAAUCCAACUACAAGAGCUUCAUCGAGAUACUUUCUGAUGAGCCUAAUCUGUACGACCGAUACGAGGCGCGUGGGGAGCACGCGAUGCUACCGGAAGUGCCGUUUGAGGAGUUCCGGGUCGGGUCACAGUUCUUCGUGCUGAACCGUCGGCACGCGGUGACUGUGGUGAGGGAUAGGAGGUUGUGGAGGAAGUUCAGGCUGCCGUGUGUGACCGAGGAGCCGUGCUACCCGGAGGAGCACUACUUUCCGACCCUUUUGUCCAUGGAGGAUCCGAAUGGCUGUACCCGAUUCACUCUUACGAGGGUGAACUGGACGGGAUCCUGGGACGGCCACCCGCGCCUGUACACGGCGCCAGAGGUCUCGCCGGAUCUGAUUUUCCAAUUGAGGCAGUCGAAUUACUCGGGGUAUGACUACAUGUUUGCGAGGAAGUUCUCGCCGGAGAGUCUGGUGCCGUUGAUGGAUAUCGCCGAUGAUGUCAUUUUCCGGGAUUGAAGUAAUUAUCCUCCUUCUGGAUCAGGACAAACUGGGCAUCUUUGUUGAUAGUGGCAUAAGUCAUGUUGAUGCACAGUGCCACUACAAUGGGCAAAGCUUCAUUUGGCGAUAUGUGAAUAGAAAAUUUGAUUUAUCUUUUUUUUUAAUUACAAAAAUAGUUGUGAGUGCAAUAUUUGGCUAGUAAGAAAGUGUCAUGAAAAUGUUGUACUUAGAAAAUAGAGCUUUGUGGGGAGAGGUAUGCAAGUUUGUAAUAAGGUUAAGAGAAAAAUGGAUAUUGUACAAUGUUGCACGAAUUCGAAAGGAAAAGGAAUUCGUGUGGAAAGAAAAAAUAGAAGCUAACGAAAUUCCUUUGAGGGGAUCUGUA